CCGCCUCGAUUCAAAUCCACCAGCUGCCUCCGCCACCGGCGGCUCCCCUCCCCUCCCCUCGCCCCCUCGCCUACUCUUUCCAUUUCCGCUCCUCCGCGCCCCGAUCCCGAAACCCUAGCUAGCCCAAACCCUCGGCGGCGGCGGUUGCGCCGACUGUACGCGCGGUGUGUUGGGUUUCCUCCUCAGCUCCCGCGUCGCAAUGGGCUGCUUCCUCUCCUGCUUCCGCGGCGGCUCCGAACCAUCCGGCGAUCUCCGCGAUCCGCUCGUACGGGAGAGCCGCAUCGGGGACGCCUUCCUGAAUGACGACAAGAGAAUUGAAGCGGGUGGAAGGCUGGAUGUGGAGGCAGCUAAUGGUGGAGGAGUCGACGAGGAGCUCAGGAGAGAGGCAAAUUAUCUCAAAUCUUGUGGCACAAUAUCACAAACUCCACCAGAAAUUCUGGAAUUUUCAAGCCCAGCCACUUCAGAAGACACUAAUGAGCGCAAUGACACAUCCAGCAAUGUGCAAGUGAUGGAAGAGACAAAACUACUGGAAGGGAACUUAUCUGAAGUGUCCAAAUCUGAUGAGCCUGAUUCACUGAUUCAACAGCAGAACAUUGAUGAAGGAAUUGUCAGGGUGGAAUCAGAAUCUGGAUCAUCGUCACAGGACAAUCCUUCAUUUCAGACCAUCAGAGACCAGAAGACUGAUUCUAGUGAUUCACCUUAUCCAACCCCUUUGGUCCUCAGAGGUGACAUCCAGACUCCUGGAACAGUAUACACUGCAUGUAUGGGGACUUCAAAGCAUGGAAAGCGUGCAAGAGCAAGCAGACAGUUCAUUUACCCUGUUCUGAGACCCAUUGAGAACAAGCUACAGUGGAUGGAACUAAAAGCCGCUGAGUCACCUGUGCUAGCAUCCAAUCCUCCGAAGAGAAGAAAUAUGAGCUCAGAUUUCAGCGAGAAGCCUCAGCAGACUUUUGCAAGUUCAAUGGCUGCACAGACAGGUUCACCAAAUUCCGAGCCUUUCCCGUUUCAUGACUACUGUGCAGAGCAGGAUGAAGUCAUCUCGCCUGACGAACUCAAGGCUCAGAAUGUCAAGCAGCAGCUGUUUGAAGGUGGAGAAGAACUACCGGAACAAGGUUCAGAAGAUGGAAAGCAUGGCGUUUCAAGCCUCGCUUAUUGGCUGAAGCCAUCAUCUGCAGAUGAUGAGAGCCACGGUGACACCAACACCGAAGACAACGUUGAGAAGGAGCCAUGCUACGAGAAGAGUGUCUUUGAUGUGCCUAUCUUUCCAGCAUCAGCUUUCAACUGGGACAUUGAUAAUCCUACCCCUGUGUUGCCCAAGGCGUGGGACGGCAACGGCAUCCCAAACACCACAACAAAGUACAAAGAGGACCAGAAAGUCAGUUGGCAUGCCACACCGUUUGAGGAGAGGCUGAUGAAGGUUCUGUCGGAUGAGAAGCCGCUCCAUGAAAGGAAAAUCAGCGGGAAGCUUAUCCACCUUGAGGAAAACGCCGAGUAGAGAGGGAGAGCCUCUCGCAAGCUGGAGACGCGCGUCCUCGACAUGAUGAGAUGGUCCAGGCCGUGGCCAAACCAGCAUGAGCUCCCGACACCGUGAAUGUUAUCGACUGCAUGGCAUCUGUGAAUAGAAUCUGAGUGCCAGAAACGCAUUCGUUUUUGAAACUUCAUCCCGCACUGCUGCAUAAAUCGGGGACGAGCCCCUUGGCUGGCUGUCAUACGUCACCACAUCAAACUGUUGAUCGAUGCUUGGUGUCAAUACAAGUCAACAUUUCUGGCUC